AUGGCCUUCCUCUUUAAAUCGAAGAAGAAUCAGCAGCAGCAAAAUACCGCGGUGCCUCCUCCGGCAACGAGAAAUGUUCAGAGUUCUGAGGGAGCGCCGCCAAAUGCACCGCCAGCUGCACCACCAAGUGCACCACCGGCUGCGGCGCCCCCGGCGCCGAAGGAACGGGAGGGAGGGAAUCCUCAGACGCCGACUCCCAGUAGUAGCUACAACAAUUCCUUGAAUUCGGUGAACAGCACAAGCAGCCCGGAAACCCACCGGAUGCGACAGAGAGCCGAGUCGGAAUCGCAGCGCUCGCUGCAGGGCCCGACUAGCAAUUCCCCCAACACUAGCCCCGGCACCUCGCUCUACCCUUGGUCGCAACGUCGCUUGAAUUUCUCUACGCCCCAGGCAAACCCCUUUCCGCGAUAUGGAGCAGCGAUCAACGCGGUCGCUUCGAAGGAGGGCGAUGUUUACAUGAUGGGUGGUUUAAUAGAUGGGUCUACGGUGAAGGGGGACCUCUGGAUGAUCGAAAGCAGUGGCGGGAAUCUUUCCUGUUUCCCAAUUGCAACGGUGUCAGAGGGCCCGGGCCCGAGAGUCGGCCACGCAAGUUUGUUGGUGGGCAACGCAUUCAUCGUGUUUGGCGGAGAUACGAAGGUUGACGAGAAUGACACGUUGGACGACACUCUCUACCUCCUGAAUACUUCCUCCCGCCAGUGGUCCCGCUCAAUACCCCCCGGCCCCCGGCCUUCCGGACGGUAUGGCCAUACGUUGAAUAUCCUCGGUUCUAGACUCUACGUCUUCGGUGGUCAGGUGGAGGGUUACUUUUUUAACGACCUGGUUGCGUUUGAUCUGAAUCAACUUUCAAACCCAAACAACAAGUGGGAGUUUUUGAUUCGGAACAGCCACCAGGGCGGACCACCCCCCGGUCAGAUUCCUCCGGCCAGAACCAACCAUUCCAUCGUCAGCUUCAACGAUCGACUGUAUUUAUUCGGAGGAACGAACGGGCUGCAGUGGUUUAACGAUGUCUGGACCUACGACCCGCGUGCCAACCAAUGGUCUCAGUUAGAUUGCGUCGGGUUCAUUCCAACUCCUCGUGAGGGCCACGCGGCGGCUCUAGUGAACGACGUCAUGUAUAUAUUCGGUGGUCGCACGGACGAGGGCGUUGACCUCGGGGAUCUGGCCGCCUUUCGCAUCACCACCCGGAGAUGGUAUUCGUUCCAGAACAUGGGACCCGCGCCGUCUCCGCGGUCGGGCCACAGCAUGACGGCUUUCGGAAAGCAAGUGAUCGUGAUGGCUGGAGAGCCGAGUUCAGCCCCCAGAGAUCCCGUGGAGCUCAGCAUGGCCUACAUCCUCGACACGUCGAAAAUCCGUUAUCCCACCGACUCUCAAAACGGAGGAGAGAGAGGCCCGCCCCCAGGGGUGACAGGGGUGAGGAAAGGGAGUACCGAUAGGACUGGUGCGCCAACCGGCCGCACCUCUCGCGAAGCUCAGAACCAAAGCCUAGACAUGCAGCAACGACGGCCGGGACCGUCGCGCGAAAGCAUGAUAAGCCCGACCGGUCGAUCGGAGCUUGGCCCUAGUCCCGGACCAGGCUCAAGGCUGCCCCGGGCAUCCAUCGCACAGGCUCCGUCCGGCCCUCCGCCGCCGGGUCAGGCCCCGACGCCCGGCCCUCGAGGCCCCGCUCCUCCGCAUGCCGUGAACCCUCGCAGCAAAACCCCGACGAAACUCGAUCGUGCAUAUGGAGGCCCGCCCGUGGAUACUGUUCGGGCAGUGACCGCCGAGCCGCCUAGGGAGUCGCCACGAGAGUCUCCCAAAGACCCCCGGUCGGUCUCUGAGUCAGGUGCUUACCCCGCGGGCUCGCGUACUCCCACUCAGCAACCUCAGCCCCAAUCGAGGAUGUCUGCCAAGGCGAUGGAGGCUGGCGAGGCUGCUCCUCUGAUGAGUGCGCCGACUAGGCAACGCUCUCUACGCCAGCAACGGCAGCGAAGUUCUAUGGAUAGUGCCGACGAGUCGGUUCUGGGACGACACCCUAGCAUUGACGGGUCGGUGGAAUCCCGGGGUCAUCGAAACUCGAGGACUCUUGGAGACGAGCCGCGAUCGCCCCGGUUGACUGCGCACCAAGAGGCCUUGAUUAAGGAGCUCGAACUGGUGAAAAACCGCAAUGCGUGGUACGCAUCUGAGCUGGCGCUGGCCAAGAAGGCCGGUUAUGCACCAAACCUAGCCAACGGUACCAACUUGGAUGAGCAGGCGGUGGAUACGUUUGCUGACGAGGAUCGGCCCUUGAUCGAGGCAUUCCUCGCCAUGCGGGCUGAAUUGGCCAAGAUGCAAGCAACCGUGGACCGGCAAGCAGCGAUCGCGUCCAAACGCGUCGCCGAAGUUGAACAUCAAAGAGAUGUUGCCGUUAACGAGGCCGCUUAUUCCCGUGCCAAGCUCGCUGCUCAUGGCGGCAGUCAGCGCGGUACUCCCCAGCCGGAUAGACGCUCCCAAGACCACGAUGAGACUAUCUCCGACCGAAGCACCGAGAUCAGCAGAAGACUCGCACUGGCCAUCGCCUCUCACAACGAGGCCAAAUCUAAGCUCGAGGUCAUUACGAAUGAACUUGACCAGGAGAAACGUGGCAGGGAAUUGGCGGAAGAAACGUGCGAGGCCACGCGGCGAAGACUCGCCGAACUCGAAAUGCAGAACAACGCCAUUGAGAUGGAAAGUUUGCGCGCUCAGCUCCACCAAGCGGAGGCUGCUGUCAGGGAAGAGUCAUUGUUGCGAGCGGAUGCCGACUCCGCUUUGAAGCAAUUGACCCUGGACAAGGAGGAAUUGUUGAAGAAUCUUGAGGAAUCUUCUACUCGCCUCGGUGACCUCGGCAAUAAUCUCGGAACCUUGCGGGAAGCAGUACAUGCCUCUACCGACAAAUCGUCCCUUCUUGAAAGACAAUUGGAGGAGGAACGUGAGCGCCGGGGAGGACUGGAGAAAAAGCUGUUGCAGCUGAGGUCGGAGCACGAAGAACGGACGUCUGAUCUGGAGAAUGUUAACCGUCGUUUGCGAGAGGCCGAGGAGUUGGCUGAAACUAGUGCGAGAGAGGCCGAGACUCAUAAGAAUGCUUUCUUGUCCGGUCUGGAUCGUGCCUCCUCCUUUGACUCUGACACAUCCAUGCGCUCGCUCGCUGAUCAGCGCGUGUCUGCUCUCGAGGCCCAGAUCGAAAGGGCUAAUAAUCUAGCAAAGGCCAGCCACACUGCUGCAGACGACGCGGCAGACAAACUUCGCCGCGCGGAGGAGAGAAUCGCCGGGCUAGAAGCAUACCAGGAACAGGCAAGCAGAGAGGGCUUGCAGCUCCGUAGACAGCUCCAGACAGCGAUGAAAGAAAGCCAGUCCUAUGCCGCCGAGAACAGGGACCUCAAGGCUCAGCUGGAGAACCACCAGCGCGAGUCAGGAGCAUUGGCUAUCCAACACGCUGCUCUCAAGGACCUUUUGGGUGAGCGCGGCGUUGGUUAUCCCGACAACAGACGCUCUCCUCGGCUCGACUCCCCUGGAUCUCGGUUCGGAACCCCCGAACAAGGUCGGUUACGUGAGCUAGAGCAGCAACUCUCGACCAGCAUUAAGGCGCACGAGGACCUGAAAUCGUCGUUCGAAUCUCGUGAGCAGGAAGCCGACCGUGCCUUCAGGGAGAAACUGGAGCAGCUGGAGAACGACUAUCAAUCCGCCGUCCAUUAUGUUAAAGGUACCGAGAAGAUGUUGAAACGCAUGAAAGACGAGCUCAGCCGGUACAAAUCCCAGAAUGCCAAAAUGCAGUCGGAAUUGGAAGCCGCCCAAAAGGAGCUCGCAAGCGGCGGUUCCGAAGCGCCUGCCGACUGGGAAGCCGAGCGCUCGCAUCUCCAUCAGACCAUCGAUGACCUACACGAGGAGACAACAUCUUCCAUUACGAUUCUCGAGGACCAAAUCAGCAGGCUGAGAGCAGAUCUUUCGGCCGCUGAAGCCGACAAGACCAAGUCUCGCGGUGAGUUUGAGAGCAUGCGGCAAGAGCUCGUCGCCGCUGCGGAGAAGAGCCGUGCGGAAUUGGAGCAACUCAAGCACGAGAACUCUCAGCUUGAAACUCGCGCCUCAGAUGCCGAACAAAAGGUCACCAUGCUUCUGGACCAGGUUGAGGCCUCGGUUGGGCAUUACCGCCGACAGUCGCAGCCCGGUCAAGGCAUCAAUGGCAUCUCGCGCUCCCACAGCAAUGCCUCGAGCAACACCAUCAGCGGUGCAGGGAAUCGGUCCCGCGCAAACAGCGCCGUGUCGCAAGAAGAGCCUUUCCCGGACAACCGUGGAUCUGUGGCCCUGGACUCCCUAGCCAACGAGCUGGAGACUCUGCGGAGCCACUGGGAGAGUACAAACCGGAACUAUCGUCUCAGUACUCAGUCCGAUUUCGAUCGGACGCCCACCAAAGAGACUGGGCUCAGUGAUAGCUUGGCCGAAUGGAGGCGACGAUUGGAUGAAGAAGAAGCGAGAGCAAGUUCCCCAGAAAAGAGCAAGCCUCGGAAUGCUGGCGAGGCACACGCAACGGCCAACAUGAUAUGA